UCUGGUUUAAAAAUUUCGGAAUCAUCUUCAUUGUUCACCGGGUAUUCUUUGCGUAGUGUCAGUGGGGAUUUGUCGUGUGUAAUCCCACUUAGCGCCCAAUGUUUUUCAUUUUUUCUCGGUAACAUCCUCAGCUGACAGGCGUCGGCAAUAGCUCCGCUUUUCGGCUAGUAGCAGCCUUUGUCAUUGUUUCUUCUUGUUUCUCGGAGUCGUGUUCAUGUGAGUUGCACAGUCCUGUCUCUGUGACGGACUGAAUUAAGGAACGGCUAUCCCCCGUUCACUGAGAGCAGGAAGCACUCGGUUCUUCCAUGGUUAAAGGUUCAGCUUCAGGUUCCAGUUUUUUUCUUCAACACUUGAGGUCUGUAAAUAAGAAUGUGUUAGCAACAUAGAAAGCAGAUUGGUAUUCUGUGGAAAGGAAUGGCAGAUUCUGCAUGACGGAAUUGAUGAAAAAGGAAAAAUAGAAAGCACUGACAUAUAGUGUUGGAGAUAUUUCCUUCCUGAUUGAUUUGUUCAGAAAGGGUGUGCUUGGAACUCGUGUACAGCUUUACCGAAACCCGUUCUUUAAAAUUGUUUUGUCCCUGUUAUAUUUAGCAAGAAAACGAAUAUGGAAAGUUCUGUUCUUCAUCCUGAGUGACAAAAGAGAUUGUCGGGAGGAAACGCAGUAGUGAGGCUUGAUGGCUUCGUUUAUGUGUCCUGGCUCGCAGUUCGAUCUCUUUUGCUCUUCAUGAUCUUUAUUUCGUACACUGGUGAGAGUGUUGAAAGAUUUCUGUUUCAGAGAUUUUUAUUUUUCUACCGUUUUUUCACAUAAACGUUGGGUAUUUUAGUAGAUCACAAAAAUAUCAAGAUCAGCAAAUGUUUGCAUUUCUGUUUACUAGGAUAGACCUCUGAGAUAUGAAGGGAUGCCAUAUCAGGGGGAUUGGCCAGAGGAGGGUUUAGGCGCUUGAAUCAAGGCAAUUUGCACAUUGAGUAGUGGUCACCUCAGUUUCAAGAGUUGUACUUUUGUUCUACGGUUCCAUAAUUAUUUUCCUGAAUGCAUAUCUUAGGAACGUCAAUAAGAGAUAGUUAGAUGAGUAGUUGACUAACGAGCUUCAGUGCUUCACACAUUGAUUUAUGAAAAAAGGAAACUGGCAGUGAUUUGAUUAAAUGUAAAUCUGUAUGAACUAAGGUGAACUAGGUGUAUCGUUGGAGAAGAUUAUAAAUAUUUGAAAUCCUGAAACUUUCUUUUGAGAGUUUCAGCUGCAUCUUUAUUUUUACCCGUAAUUCAAUCCUGUAACAAUUGGCUCCCUAACUUCAGGAAGCGUGCAAUUGCUGUCGACCCGUUCGCCUUAAUAAACCUGAGAGCUCUGGAUUUUUUGGUUGUGAUAUCUUCCCGUUUUCUCUUUUAGAGCCUGUUGUUGAAGAUGCUUUUGAACAAAAAGGUUAAGAGCAGCAAUAAGCUAGAGGGUGAAAUCCGAAAAUUCUGUUUUAAUUGACAUAUGAUGACAUUGGUAAGGGGUUAGAUUCCCGUGCGGUUGAGGAACCCCGCGCACGGAAUGCCUCUGCCGCCCUCCCGAAGGUGAUAGCCUGGAGGAUGGAAGCAGAGAGCGGCUGGAGAAAUGCGGAGGCAGGAGAUCGGCGCUGGACGAAAAGCGACAUGUCCGUGGCGCCUGUCGCCUGUGCGGAGCAAGGCAGGGCGGGCAGCGCCGGGCAGCGCUCGGUGCCUGCAGUGCCGGGAGGAGGCUGCGGGCGCCGCUGUUGACCGAGAGGAGCGAGAGGGAGCUCGGAGCGCCGCAGCCCCGCCCGCUGCGGAGCGGCUCAGUCGCUCGCUCGCUCGUUCCCUGUCCGAACGUGCGGUCCGCGAUCGUCCCCGCGGUGCCGGUCCAUUGUGCAGCCAGGCGGAGGCAGCGGCAGCUGCGCACGGUGCAGGAGCUGAGAGCAUUGAGCCGCAGCGGGAUUGGAUCGCCGGUGUUGCGGUGCCGGCGGUGCCGCGGCGGCGAUGUGCGCGGCGGGGAGGCGCUGGGGCCGGCGGCAGCGAGCUCUGCUCUGGGCCGUGCUGCUGGCAGCGUGGGAGGCGGCGUGGGGGCAGCUGCGCUACUCGGUGCCCGAGGAGAUGCCCAAGGGCUCCUUCGUGGGCGACGUGGCCAAGGACCUGGGGCUGCAGUUGCCGGAGAUCCGAGACCGAGGCGCCCGCGUUGUCUCCGAAGGUAGGACGCAGUAUUUCGCUGUGCACGGGAAGACGGGACAUUUAGUGACGGCGGAGAGGAUCGACAGAGAGCAGCUGUGUGAGAGCGUGCAGCAAUGCGUGCUGCGCUGUGAGCUGAUAGUGGAGGGGGAAAUGAAGUUUUAUGAAAUACACGUGGAAAUCACGGAUAUUAACGACAACGCGCCCAGCUUCAAGGACAUUGAGCUGGAACAGAAAAUGAGCGAGACGACAGCCGCGGGGUCGCGGUUUCCCUUGCCCGAGGCACACGAUCCGGACUCGGGCCGGAAUUCCCUGCAGAGCUACGAGCUGAGCGGUGACGAGCACUUCUCGCUGGCCGUGCAGGCGGGCCCCGGCGGCGAUCAGCGUCCCGAGCUGGUGCUGGCGAAGGCGCUGGACCGGGAGGAGGCGGCGUUUCACGAGCUGGUGCUGCGGGCGAGGGACGGCGGCGAUCCGGCCCGGACGGGCACGGCUCGGAUCCGCGUGACCGUGCUGGACGCGAACGACAACGCGCCGGUGUUCAGCCAGGCGGAGUACACGGUGCGUGUGCCCGAGGACGUGCCCGUGGGCUCCGUCCUCGUCACUGUCACGGCCACCGACACGGACGAGGGGCCAAACGGGCAGGUGAAAUACUCGUUUAAGAAAAUCACGGAGAAAGCCUCGAAGAUAUUCUACUUGGACUCUAAUGCUGGAGAGAUCACGCUGUUGCGGAGCUUGGACUUCGAGGAAGGUACCGCCUACGAACUGGAGGUGCAGGCGCAUGAUGGGGGCGGACUUUUCGACACUGCCAAAGUCACGAUCGCCGUCACGGAUAUAAACGACAACGUGCCAGAGAUUUCCGUGCGGUCGGCACUAAGCGAGAUCUCUGAAGACGCACCCUCGGGAACUGCGGUAGCCCUUUUGUACGUGCAGGACCGGGACUCGGGGGCUAACGGUGAGGUGCGCUGCUCGCUCGACAAAGAUAUUCCGUUCCGGCUUCAAAGGUCGCAGGGCAAUUACUACAGCGUGGUGACGGCAGGAGAGCUGGACCGGGAGCAGGUGUCGGAGUACAACGUGACGAUGCGGGCGGCCGACGGCGGGCGGCCGGCGCUGCAGAGCAGCGCGGUGCUGGCGCUGCGGGUGCUGGACGUGAACGACAACGCGCCGGUGUUCGCGGAGGAGCGCUACAGCGCGCGGCUGGCGGAGAACAACGCGGCGGGCGCGCUGGUGCUGACGGUGCGCGCCACGGACGCGGACUGGGGGCAGAACGCGCGCGUGCGCUACCGGCUGGCGGAGGGGCGGGUGCGGGGCGCGCCGCUGUCGUCGUACGUGUCGGUGCAGGCGGAGACGGGCGCGCUGUACGCGCUGCGCUCCUUGGACUACGAGCAGCUGCGCGAGCUGCAGCUGUGGGUGCGUGCGGAGGACGGCGGCGCGCCGGCGCUCGGCAGCAACGUGUCGGUGCGGCUGGAGGUGCUGGACGAGAACGACAACGCGCCGCAGGUGCUGUACCCGCCGGCGGCCGCGGCGCUGGGCUCGGGCGCCGCGUGGUCGGGCGUGGAGCUGGCGCCGCGGCGCUCGGAGGCCGGCGCGCUGGUGGCCAAGGUGGUGGCGGUGGACGCGGACGCGGGGCAGAACGCGUGGCUGUCCUACGAGCUGGCCAAGGCCACGGAGCCGGGGCUGUUCCGCGUGGGGCUGCACAGCGGCGAGGUGCGCACGGCGCGCUCGCCGCUGGCCCGCGACGCGGCGCGCCACAGCCUGGUGGUGCUGGUGCGGGACCACGGGCGGCCGGCGCUGUCGGCCACGGCCACGCUGAGCGUGGUGCUGGCCGAGAGCGUGGCCGAGCUGCUGGCCGAGCUGGGCAGCGCGGCCGACGAGGCGGCGGCGCCGGGCGAGCCGGCCGCCAGCCUGACGCGCUGGCUCGUGCUGGCCGUGGCCGCCGUGUCGUGCCUCUUCGUGGCCUUCCUGCUGCUGCUGCUGGCGCUGCGCCUGCGCCGCUGCCACCGCCGCCAGCUGCUGCCGCCGGACGGCGGCGCCUUGCGCGGCGUGCCCGUGUCGCACUUCGUGGGCAUCGACGGCGUGCGCGCCUUCCUGCAGUCCUACUCGCACGACGUGUCGCUCACGGCCGACUCGCGCAAGAGCCAGCUGCGCCUCUCGGCCGCCGCCUGCUGCGACACCCUCCCGGCCCGGCCGCCGCCCGACGAGCCCGCGCCGCUGCUCGGGGACGAGGAUCUUGCCGGCGCUCCUCCCGUGGAUUCCGCCUCUGUGCCGGUGAGUUACUCAUGCCAGAAGGCAAGAUUUCGCUCAGCGUUGCUUUAGUUCGUCUUGCUACGGGGUCGUGGACGUGUAGUCAGUUCUUGGAGGAGAUAGAAGUGAUUCUGCUCCUGGCUGCGUCAUUUUUUCGGGUCUUUGUGUUUUUUCUUCUGCCAGGUCCUUUCUGGUUUUGUCACCUUACCCGUUUCAUACAGUCUUCCUCUCUGUGUUCGCUCUUCCGAAGGGAUGUAUUGUCAGAGAAGGGAAUUUCCCGUUAUUAGCAGAAUCCGAUGUCUUCCCGAUUGGCAUUGUGCUCGAGUGGAGUGACAUCCUCUUGAAUGAGAUGCUGACAUCGUUUCUAUUUCUCUAAGCCUUUGGUUUUUCUCAUGAUAAUCUGGUGAGCAAGAACAGUGUUUGCCUUCAUCUAUGCUCUGGUCUUUCUGCAUGUUUUGGAGGAAUGUGUGUGGUUGCAUAUGAAGGGCCUCUGGGGGAAAUAGCAGAGGUGGUUUGCUGCUCCCAUGUCUUAUGAAUUUGGUUUUUUAAGGAUGGAUAUGCCUUGGCUUGAAAAUCCCUCUUAUGGCAAGAGCCGUACCAGGGCAGAAGGGGACCAAUUCAGGUUACAGGUGACAAGGUGAGGAGGGAGAACAAUGUCCCUGUGCAGAUUUCCACC